UCUCGUGAGACGUUUUCACGUCUCUUCUUCGGUUUCGAUUACUCCCGAAAUCCAAACUCUCGAAACCCUAGGGAUUCCAAAAUCCGCCAUUGCUGCCAUCUCACUUUGGAGCUUCUAAUGCUUAUCGCCGGAGGCGUGUAACUCCGUCCGUCCAAUCCCCAUGCCGAGGAAAGCGCCGACGCUGCAGCCGCCGGUGGCUCGCCGCGGCGUCGUGUGGCUCGGAUGGAAGAUCAUCAUCGCUAUCUCCGCUGCGCUCUGCCUCCUCGCCCUCUUCAGUCUUCACCGUCAGUACGGUCUCGGUGUUGCGGCGCCGUCGGAUUCGCUCUCCGCCUCGAGAUCUCGUGUUUCGGUCCGCGAAUACUCCGGCAACCGUCCGAAAAUUGCGUUCCUUUUCCUCGCUCGCCGUGAUCUUCCACUUGAUUUUCUAUGGGAUAGCUUCUUCCAGGGAGCCGAUCGGGGGAAUUUCUCCAUUUAUAUACAUUCGGUGCCCGAUUUUGUGUUCAAUGAGGACACCACGAGAUCAAAGUUGUUCUACAAUCGGCAAUUGAAGAAGAGCAUCAAGGUAGUAUGGGGAGAGUCAAGCAUGAUUGCUGCUGAGAGAUUGUUGCUCGCAGCUGCCUUAGAGGACCUCUCAAAUCAAAGAUUCGUACUUGUGUCUGAUAGCUGUGCCCCAUUAUAUGACUUUGGCUACACUUACAGAUACCUAAUGUCUUCGCCGAAAAGUUUUGUGGACAGCUUCGUUGAUGCCAAAGAAAAACGCUACAGCUUGAAAAUGUCUCCUGUUAUACCUAAGGAGAAAUGGCGAAAAGGGUCCCAGUGGAUCUCUUUGAUCAGAAGCCACGCAGAGGUCAUUGUAAAUGAUGAUACCGUGUUUCCAGUUUUCGAGAAAUUUUGCAAGCGAGCUCCACCUCUAGAUGCCCGAAGCAAAUGGCUGCAUAAAAUUCAUCAACUUCCGAAGCGGCACAAUUGCAUCCCGGAUGAACAUUAUGUGCAGACACUGCUCACUAUGCGAGGACUGGAAAACGAAAUCGAAAGGAGGACAUUGACUUACACAGUAUGGAACCUAUCCGCUGCAAAAGCUGAAACCAAAUCUUGGCAUCCCAUCACUUUCACAUCGGAGAACGCCGGUCCAAAGCAAAUCAACGAAAUAAAGAGAAUCAACCAUGUAUAUUACGAAUCUGAGUACCGAACUGAAUGGUGCCGGGCAGAUACAAAGCCUGUCCCGUGCUUUCUCUUCGCGAGGAAGUUCACCAGAGGAGCCGCAAUGCGUCUUCUGAGCGAAGGAUUGGUAGGAUCAUUGCCGGAGACAACCUUAUAACAGAACGGAAGUUAGUUCAUUCAUUCAAGCACUUGGUAAUAAAAGGGAUCAACGAAAGACAAGACAGGGACAGAGAGUGACUCUUAUAAAAGGUUUAACUUACUACCCACAGUAUAUCAUACAUGAUAGAAUCCAGUAAAGAUUAAAAUACUCCAUGGAGAUGAGGUUUAGUAACGUUAGCAUACACAUAUACACAACAAAUUCAAUGUAUUUUGAAAUCUUCAUCAUAGUUGAUCGUAUAUGGGUUUUUAUGGUGCUUGUUUUUUA